AUGUCGCAUGCCGUGGACUCGUUCGUCCAAUCUUUCCGGCGACUUCCUUUUUCGGCUCCUUUUGCUGGUGCCAUCCAAUCUCUAGAGCUUUUUUUCGGUUCUUCUCCAAGCCCAUCAUUUGUGAAAAAGUCCCUAACUCGGUCGUUAUUGUGUCCCAUUCGACAUGGCUCCGACUUGCUCUUUCUCGACGGCUGGUUCACCUCUAAGAAGACUUCUAUUUUGAUGCCGUCAAAGCUGGUGCUGAAGAUCAAGUUGACAAGGCGACCGCUCCGCUCUCAGCCAUUCCGCAAAGUUUCAAGUCGCGACAAAUUGAGUGGACCAUGGCUCAGAAAGCAGUUCGGCCUCAGGAUCCUCCGUCCAGCCCUUGUUCCACAUUUGCACUCGCAAUUAUCCCUUCGUGUAUGCGUUUCGGCCACUGCAUCCUCUCCAACCAUUUUUGCCUUUUCUGUCCGUUCUCCUUCUAAAUGCAUUUCCAGCACAGUGCGGACCUCCAAAUUCUACUCGGAUCUAAGACCUUCUGGCCAUGAACAGUGUAUAAUCGAUCGAGCUGUUGUAUCUACUUAUGGAAUAACUUCUGUUUUUCAUUUCAAAGUUUACGGUUCUGCUUCUUCCAUAAAGGCCCGAUAUUCAUCAUCUGUUAAAUAAUUUUACCGUUUAUUUCCGCGUUCUCUUCCUCUAGUUUCUUUUUAAGCUUUUGUUUUUCUCGUUGCUUUUUGCAAAACCGACCUACCAACGGUUUCAGAUCAAGUCGUCUUCGCAGAACCGACAGAAAGAACAGAAAUGACGACAACGGGGGACCAGCAGUACUUGCAGCACCAGUACUCACAGCAGCCGUACUUCCCGCAGAAGCGACGGGAAGACAGCGGCUACUCGCAGAAGUCGUCGCAGCACUCGCAGCACUCGCCGUCGCUCAUCGACGCCCUUGCCAACGACCUCUCCGUCUUCUCAAUCGCUCAACAGUGCGGUACGUUUUUCAAAUUACUGGAUAGUUCCUCUAAAACUCAAAAAUUUCAAACUGUUUCAAAACAUAAAAUCAAUUUUUCCGCCCAGCCAGACGUAAAAAACGAACUUUGUUACGGAGAAUCAGAUCUAUGGCAAGAAAUUUUUCAAAAAGCAUGUGUCAGAUAUCGAAAUAUGUACAUUGAUGGAAAUGUACGGCCCCAAAACUCCGAAGGCUGAUGUAUAUGGGCUCCUUUUUCUGUUCGACUUUAGCCACAGAAGGCUGUUCAGCUUAAAGGAGACUCGAAUUAAAGAGUAGUUUGAGGAGAUUUGUGUCUUUCUUGGGUUGAAAUGUGCAAGAAUUAAAAACUUCAUCGAACUUCCGCUGCCCUUUUUUCUGCUGCUGGUCAUGUUUUCCGCUGGCAUUCGCUAGAAAGACAGCUUUCACAUCGGAAUAUGCCAAAAGGACUCUUUUUGUCGAGCUCUUUGUUUUCGUUUUUUGAAUUUGCGCCAAAACAUGUUUUUCACUGCGCACUUUUCUUUUUCAAAAUAUCCAGUUCUGCAAUCCACUUUUUUCUUCUUUUAAGCUCCAGUGAAACUAAAUUGCCAUGUUACCACUAUCCUUUUUCAUGAUAAUGCGGUCGAAGUAGUCGUUUCCGAUGAAAACUUCAUUUUGUGUCAAAAAAUCUACUUGUCCAACUCUUUGAUAUGGAGAUUUCGAUGUGCGAUUUCCUUUUUUUCGACGAAAAUUAAUAACGUGAAAUAUAGAGCCGUUGAUUUGACAAUUUUUGAGAACAUUUUAUCGAUUUUUUUUUACCAGAGUUCGCCAACUGGUAAAAAAAAUCAAGAGCAAGAAUAUGAUUCUUGCUCUUGAUUUUCUUUUCCUAUAAUUUGCUCGCGACGUUCUGAAACAAAAGUGUCUACGUUCUUUUUUCUCCAAGAAAGAUAAAUAUAGCUCAAAAGAAUGAGAGCGUCAGACUGUUUCAAAUCAACGCGAACGUGGUACAUAAAAGGAGAAAAAAAAGUUGAAAUCUAAGAAAAGGGUUUAUUGACAAGUUGAGCAUGGCGAGGUCGCCAGAAACCUAAUUAACGGUUGUCUUCAAAUCAUACGGUAGAGAAAUCGGGUCUCUUGGCGACGCGCGACAUUGAUAAUUGUCCAUAUAUGGUAAUUAGGCGCCCUGCGGAGAAAAACGGACGGCUGAAGGAGUGACCGGCGCUCGGGGACAGAGAAGCAGAGUGAAGCAGAGACCGAGAGUCGGCAGAUGGCCGUUGACGUCUUCUUUGGCCCAGAAGGCUUGCACGAAACAAUGUUUCAACCUUUCGAAACUCAAGAAGAUUUGAUAGUUCUCUUUUUUCUCGGACUACCAUCCUAAACAUAACUCCAGAAGAGAUAGGAGAGCGAGAAUAUUGUCUUCUUUCGGUGACAUACGGAUCUCGAGCCACCUGGCGCUUCUGUCGGUAACUCAAGACGAGUGAAUUAUUGCCCUUUGUCAGGCUUGCCGUUGUUGUUUCCACAGGCCAAUUCGGAGCGACGGACAAAGCCUUCGGCUUCCGCGCAAAUGUGUUUACAGAAGCUUGACCAGUAACCGAGAUCUCUCUUUUGCGGGAGACCUUUUCAGUCCGAGUUGCCCAGAAAAUACCGUCUAACCAGGGAACGUUUUUUACCCCCCGGUUGAACUUUUGCUGAAACUUUGCUGAAGUGUACUUCAGGACCCCCUGAUUGCAGAUCAAGAAGAAAAUUUCUCGCAAUAGAUCUUGUUUCCGAGUUAUGGAGCUUCAAAGUGUGCGAAAUACGCGAAUUAGGCCAAAAAAGAGCUAUUUCGGGCUUUUGAAGUGUUCUAACUCGAAAACGAGAUCUAUUGCGAGAAAUUUUCUUCCUGUUCUGGAAUCAGGGGGUCCUAAAGUACACUUCGGCAAAGUUUCAGCAAAAGUUCAACCGGGGGGUAAAAAACGUUCCCUAGUAAGGGACCUCAAAACUCAAUUUGAGUCCCUAGCAAACUUGCAUGUCGCAAUGGAUUGUGUCCUGUAAGCUAGAAGCAACUUUUUUGCAAAAAAAAGUUUAGAGAAAAAUCAAAAACCUUAUCAUUUUCGCUAUAAAAAGAAGGUCGCUCAAAACAAUACUGAGCUCAUCUUUUGGCUCAAUAGGUGUGCAAGUUUCCCAGAAUGGGAACGGACUUGAUAGGAGAAGAGAAAUGAGUUGAGAUUGUGAGGCUCAUUCGUCUUCUCUUCAUGGGUGAUCAGAUAUGGACGACGAAUUGGCUCCCGCCGAGCAACACUCCUCUGCGUCGAAUUUCAAGACAUCUUCGACAAGUGCUCUCCGAUUUCUGGCCCCAACUUGUCGCAAACAUGUCUUCUUCUUUCAAUUUUAUUUUUUCAACAAAUUGAAUGAGCGUGUGGCCGUUUUUUUUCUUGAUGGCUGUGAGUUUUGUUGGCGAAAUAGAUGUUUACGCCGCAAAUGGAGACGACCAAUUAGGCUCCUCAUAGUAGUUAUCUUAUUUGAAGUCUGCACUCGGAAAAUCAGUGCGCUUUCUUGAUUUGCCUUGGGAAACGCCUCUACUUCGAGCAACGGAUACUUCUUCUCUAGUCUUUUUUACUUCCUUUUCAACUCCAAAAAAGAAGCGUUUCGACUGAUUAUAGUUUCAAUUUUUCGGCACAUUCUUUCAUUUUGUUGACCAAUUAUAUAUAGUCUGUGUGCCACGACUUGAAAUUUCACCCAACGACAUUCCGCUGUUCCGCUGCAGGCGUUCGCGAAGCGUCUUUCGAAUCUAGGUCACGUUUUCAAUUGAUUGUUAUUGCUGUGGGAGCACAUGAGAGUAGAAUACCUUAUAAAAGAAAAAAAAAAAUCAAAAGCGCGACCAAGCUUCGCAAAGGCGCGCAGCGGCACAACGGAACGUCGUUUGGUAAAAUUCCAAGUCGUGGUACACAGGAUAUAUUUAAUGAAAAACCCUUUUUAUGAUUUCGCAUAAAAACUUUAGACAAGAGGAAACACAUUUCUGUGUAUCACAUUGAAAACUAGUAGUAGAUAAAAAUAAAGUAAAAAAUGUUAAACAAGCAAAAAGGAUUUUAAAAUUAUCCCCUCUGGACUCUCGGUUUGAUAGAGAAAUUCCAGUUCUGAAUAAGACUCACAUUUCACUUUGUGGUGAAAGGUUAUUGGUUGGCGAGACGAGGUAAUUAUUGUGUGGCGCGAGAUGAGCCCAAAUGUGGCGACGAGUCGGUCAAAACUCAAGGACAGAGGGAGAAAAAAAACAUGCCUCUUUGAAACCACCCAAUACAGUUCCCUGGGUUGUUCUAUGACUUCUGCAUUCCCUCGAAGGGACAAAAGUAUCUCCCAUUGGGCUUGCUUUCAUUUAACUGCUAAUUCCAGCCAAGGCUCUUAAUUCGAAUUUUCCAAAUGGAAGACUAAGCCAAGCCUUCCUAUGUUCCUUUUUUGUUAACUAGAGGAGAAACAAGUUCAUCGUCUUCUUCACAAAUGACCUUUUUGUGCAGCUUUUCGAGCUUUUCGAGUCCGAGACAUGCCCGCUCAAAUUCUUGAAAUUAUAAAUUAAAUUUAUUAAUUAUUUAUUAAUUAAGAUCUCAAGAUAGUCAUGACAUACGUAUUUUCAAGCGAGUGAGCGAUUUUUUUAAUACGCGCAUUUUUCAGAGAAAUGGCGAUUACCGCCGCAAGUCUUUUUUUGAAAUUAAAAAUUUCUGAAAUGUUUAUAUCUCAGAAGGCAAAAAAUGAAAGAGCUUGAUCUAUGUUUAAAAAAACGAAUGAAUAAACCAAAAAUCUAAUUCAGUUUUAUGACACGAAGCCGAAGUGCAAAAAAAGACAUGUGUACAAGGGACUAUACGUAGUUCGAAAGAACGAAAUAUCUCUAGGAACUUCAACUUAAAGACAUUGUUGUGUCCUAUCCUGCCACCCAUCUUUUCUUUUUUUUACUGCGCCUGAGGGUAGCGGACGAUCAUGGGAACGGCAAAAAAAAAAGAGGGCAAUGAAAAAGAUGCUGAGGCGGGUGAAAAAAGUUUUCCGGUUUGCGACCAACUCAUUUUCGCGUUCGUUUGCAGCUGCUGCCAACUUCUUCACUUCCAAGUGCGCUUCGGACAGCGGCGCCUCUACCGGAGACCAGGACUUCGCCUUUGGGUCAGUUUCUCUUCUUCAUUCUCUCGGGUAUUAUGCCGCACGGCAUGAAAAUCGACAAUUUUUUGACCAAAAAAGCGGAGAAAAAGUUAUUGUUUUCCAAAAGUUAGUUAAAGCGGAACCCACAAAGAAGCUCUGUUUUUAGCUUGAAUAGGCGAGAAUAGGUUAGGUGAUAGCUGAAGAGACGAGAAAAAGCUUUAUGCAGUUCCCGCGUCAGCCGACUGUUAUCAUAGACUUUGCACCUUCUGAAACAAUAGGGAUAAUCGAACAGUUAUUUUUUUUUUCCAUCAUCCAGUCUUCAUUCAAGCGCAAAAUAAUAUCUUGUUUACUCUGGAAAGUCCGCAGACGUAAAAGGCAUGGCAAGGCUGCCGCAAACACGCCCGCAGGCACCUAGAUCCUUCGGCGGAGAACAGCGGACCAAUUAUGCUCCAGCUCGAGCUCCGAGUACGGCUCCAGUUCUAGGCAUUUUAUUUUUCUUUCUUCAUUUUAUCCUCAAAACUGAUUUUUUUUUCUUCGAGUGUGCGCCAGGAUGACGUGCCGCAAUAAUAAUAAGGAAAUGAGAAACAUUUAAUGUCUGAAUUGAGAAUUCGAUAUUGUAGUCCACCCUAUGGAAACAUUUGUAGUGGAACAUAUCUCGUACGCGAUCUGUCCAUGUAACGCAUAUGUGUGGGCUAUAUUUUUUUUCUGUCGUUAUUGAAGUUUCGGUUUUGGGAGCUAUUUGAACAGAAUGUGGAGAAUUUCUCAAAAAAAGAUCUUAAAGUUUCGGUAAAGUCUUCAGAAUAUUGGAUGAACAGUAGGAAGAGGGAAGUGCUUUCGAAAAAAACUUUUGAGCGGUAUAUUUGAGAUUUUUUGAUUUUCAACUGAUUUCAUUAAAGAAAAAAAAGCAAAAGGUCCUGCAAAGAUUCAAUUCAACCUGAGAAAUUAAUGGCAGCAUCUUUUUCACAACAACGCAACCUCGGAUACCAGGUCCCUUUAUCGGACAAUAAAAAAGACCUGGUCUGAGAAAAGUUGAAGAAAAGCUGAGCGAGCGCCAGGAAAUGGAACACGAAACGUCUUUCGAGCAUCUUUUAGUGCACAGAUUUCUUGGAAUCCCAUUUACACAAUUUUGCUCUUUGCUCCUUUGAAUCUGCUGUUUUUUGAAGAAAAAAGGCAAAGCUAUUUUUUCUUUUGAAACAGAUACAGCCGAUUCAUGGUUAGCUUGGGACGCUAAAAGACGCAUCCUAUUUAAUUUUCAGGAGUUUUUAAGAGGUUUUUUUUAUAACAGGUAAACCAAACAGAAUGGAUUAAAUUUCAAAAAAAUUUUAACAACCGAAAAUUUUUUUAAAAAAAGUAGUAAAUUACGAUAAUCGAGUUUUAAUUCAUAAUUCAACAGAAAAACUGAAAAAGUUCUCCGUGGAGCAAAAAUUCUCACUCACAUUAUUAAAAAAAGUAAUUUUUUUGCAAGCUUUCAUUGUAAGUUAUUGUUCGUGUGAAGAAACUUUGGACACUUUUUGUAUAUAAACUCUUCACAAACUUUAUGGCGCAUUAUCCCGUUAUUAAUUUCAUAUAUAGUCGUUUUCUUAAAUAUUUACCGAGUUUUCCUUUAUUUUGUUUUUCAGUUGAGAAUAACUUUCUUCUUAUGAAAAAUAAGUCGUAUAGAGUUAUGAUUUAGCAAUACGAAAAGAAUGGAAAAAUUUUGUAUAGUGCAUUUGACCUCUGCGAUCCAAAUGUACGGUAAUUCAAAAGGCGCGUAAUUUCUUCUAUGCUCCGUCUGCUCUGUCCACCCUCCCGCGGAGUCUCUCUCGCUCUUUCUUUUUGAUGAUUUUUCAAUAUUUGAAGCUUAUUUCGUGUUCAAAGUAAUUUCCGCGAGAUUUAAUAUUAUUUCUGAAUUUACGCUAUCUUUUUUUCACAUUCUGACUUCUAUUUUGAACAUCGCAGAAUCACUUUGAAUACGACAUUAAUUAUAAUUUAUGAUUUCGAGCCUCUAGAAAACGCUUCGUUUUGACAAUUAACUUUCAAAAAAAGUAAAAAUUUAAAAUUUAAUUUUUUUUCUUGCUUUUAAUGUUCUUAACUUCAAAAAAUUGUUUCAUUUUUCACAUCAUUCAAGGUCUUUUUUUCUACUUUUCAAAGUUAUUUCGAGAAGAGUUUCUAAUUGUGAUUUUCUGUUGCAGUCUCCUAUUAGAAAAUGUGGAAAUCACUAUAUCCGAUUCCUGGAGGGCUUGAGUCAUUGAAACAAUAGUCCUAACACGGAAGAAACAGUGUUUGGUUAGUGCAGAGCGCAGACAGUGCCCCGCCUCUUUGCGUCCCAAGCGGAUCGGCUAUGAUCAUUUUUUGGAAACAAUUUUCAAAAAAGGUUUUUGGGAAUUAGGACUCUAAAUUAUAUGUUAAGCAGCUCGUCAACCAACAUCAAGUCUUAAUAAUAUACUUUCCGAUUAGUAGUUGGAAACCUAUUUCUACAUCUUUUUUUUUUUUAACUGAGUUUUCUUGUUUAUGUUACAUAUUUUCACUGUUUUCGCAUUAGAAGAAAAUGAAAUGGAACUAAAUUCAGAAUGAAGGAGGAGGGCCAGACGCAGACCCAGCAGCAACAAAUACCUGGCGCCUGGUUCUUCGAAGUCGGAGAUGACGCGUCGACGUCGCCGGUCAACGAGUUGGACGACGCGGUGCUGCUCCAGAUGCGCACUACGAUGGGAGUACGCAACAUCACACAGUCCGUGGAUGUUCCAAGCUCCGAGCACGUGGCCGAAAUUGUCGGUAGACAGGGUAUCUUUUCAUUUCGAAUUUGUAGCCGACGAAAAAAAUUGCAUAGAUCAUGAAAAAAAAAAGCAUCGGGAGGCUAGGUUCAAACGAGCCUUACCUGCGUCUCUGCCUUACGCUAUGUCUCUGGUCUCUAGCAUGUUCACAUCUGUUUUCAAAACCAAAAACUGAAGAACUCAAAAAAAAAAGAAGUUUAGUUGGGAGAAAUACAUAAUUUGGGGGUUUUCUGUUUGAAAUUAUCUUCAGUUGUUUGUUUUUUCUAGCAAAAUUAUUUUAUUGUUCAGAUCAUAAUUUUUUUGUCAAUUAUGAAUGAAAGAAAUUAUAUUUUUCAAAAGUAAGACCUAAACAUGGAAAGUCUGAGUCUAAUCCAUUAAACUUUCACACAAGUAAAGUCUUCAUUUAAUUUUUGACGGAACGAAUUCCAAAUGGGAAUGGUGACUAUAUUAUUUCCUCAUGUUUUCGUUUUUGUUGGAGCAAAAAGAUGAUUUUUGCUUUGUUCCAGGCCCAACAAAUUUUUUUAAAAAACAAUAACUGAAAAGUUUUUCAUUACGAAAAUUUUACAUUUGUAAAGGGGUAUUUUUUAAGGAUGCAAGAUAAAGGCUUUGCGGGCGAAAACAAACACGUACAUCAAGACGCCAGUCCGAGGCGAAGACCCCGUUUUCGUGGUAACUGGACGACCAGAAGACGUUCUGGAGGCGAAGCGCGAAAUCGAGUGUGCUGCAGAGCACUUCACGCAGAUUCGCGCCAGCCGACGUCAUUCGCAGGGUUAGCGGCGGCGACUUUGGAGCUCACUCACUUCUUUUUUCAGGCGGUGCUCCGGCUCCUGGCCACAUCACGACCUACGUCCGAGUGCCGCUACGGGUCGUCGGCCUUGUCGUUGGACCCAAAGGAGCGACUAUCAAACGCAUUCAGCAGGACACUCACACCUACAUCAUCACGCCUAGCCGAGAACGCGAACCAAUAUUCGAGGUGAAAACUCGCUUCUCCGGUGUGCCUUUGUCAAUAUUCUUGGUCAAUUUAAAUUUUCAAAGCGGGUUCAAUCGGUCGCAGAACUAGAAAUGGGAUCUAGUUUGCGUAAAAAGACUUUCGAUUCAAGUCCUCUCUUCCAACUUCACAGAUAGACUACUUUGGCUCCGACAGUUGAUAAAAAAUGCUAUAGCAGUGAUGCAUCGCAUCGAGAAACCUUUGUCUCGCCUUUCUGUGCAACCAAUUCCAUUGUCACGCAUUUUCGGCGAGUCGGUCGGUCACUUCUCAGACAGCACGCCACGCCGCGAUGAUGGCAUUGUCACGCAAUCUCUCUAAACGUCAACAUAUCGCAUGAAAAUUCCUCGAAAAUGAGGUCGCUUCUUGGGGAUUCUUCCGACCUUUUGCCUCCUAGUCGAAAUGGCCAGAGCAGAAAAAAAAAAAUACAUGGAAAAUGCAUACAUCUGCCUAAAAAUGUUGGAGCCAAGAUAGUUACGUUUUGUCUUUAUUUCUUCACCCAAUUGAGUCAAAGGUCUUGAUUUUUAUUUUAGAAUACUGACUCAAUUUUUUUUCAGGUAACUGGUCUUCCACACAACGUGGAAGCCGCGCGUAAGGAAAUCGAACAACACAUCUAUCAAAGAACGGGGAACAUGCCGAUCACAAAUGGCCCCAUUUCUCAAUAUCCCGAGCAUCAGGUAAGAAAUUGCCUUUUGCUUGUUACAUUUCCUUUUCCUCACUAAUAGAGAAGAAAUUUGUGGAAAUAUGAUCUUUUGUAACACGUGUUUUGAGUAAUGUCGGCUUGGUUUUAAUAUGGCCUGGUGGCUUUGUCAAAGGACGAGAGAGUACGUGACUGGUUGUGACGCAGGAUUUUGUUGAGGUGCAGUGUUACCCCAGAGAAUUCGAGGCUAAUUUGCCAGAUGUUUGGGAUGUCUCUGCGAGUGUGGGAAACUAUUCAAUUUCUAUGCCUAUGAUGAAUAAAUGAACACGGAUUUUGUCCUUUUAGGGCACUUCAAGAAUAUCACUUUUGUCAACGUUUCAUUUCCAUUAUACAGCAGAACAAGGAAAAAAAAAAGCAUAAAAAAAUUUUUUUUCAGAUGGGUUUGCCUCGAAACUCUGGAGCUUCUACGUAUGGUCCUACAGCCCGUAGUGGAGCUUCGAGCGCUUGCGGAAACCUCGACUAUCACAACGAUUUCAACCGACCUCUCGUCGAAAACUCUGGUCUCUCAUCCUUGGUACGCGAUUAAAAUGAAUUAUUAGGAAAACUGCGGAUUUCGAAAUUGAAUCUGAAAGCUGUAAUUGAUUGGUGAAAAGAGUUUCCCAAUUGUCGAAAAUCAAAACUCGACGUUUUCGCAGAAAUGUAUUUUAUUUUUGCAAAAAAAUUUGAGACUGGAUUGCUGGAAAUAAAAAGAGGAUGAAGGAAGGGAAAUCUAUAUGCAAAGCUUCUUAGAAUUUUCAUGAGUAAACUUUAAUUCGUUCAAUUUGCGCGUGAGAGGUCGAUUCUGAAGAAAGGAGUCUUACUUGUCGUAAAUCUCUCCAUAUUUACUCGCCUGUGAUGCACCAAAUUCUGAUCCGUUCAAUUUUUUUGAAUUGCAAGACACUGUUUGAAAAUUAUCUUUCAGCUGAGAAGCUUCCCAUCGAUGAGGGCUUCGUGUGGAGUGGGGGCUAUCGGCAGCGGAACGCCUUCCUCGUUCAACAACAUCUCUUCGUCGCCGACUCCUUUCCAGACGUCGAACGUCGUCAACACGCAGCACAACUACCGUCUCUCCCACCAUCAGUCUUCGCACAACUUGCACAACAACGGUUCCUAUCAGCCGUGGUCGAGCAGCGCCUGUAUCACCGGAUUUUUGGAAAAUGGUUUCGUCGGCUCUCCUGUUUGCCCCUAAACAUUUGUUUUACAGAUAUCUUUUCCGGAAGCCGCCCAUCGGCAUUCUCCUCUUCUGUUUGGUCGUCCUCCUUGGGAAUGUCUGGAUCCAAACAAACUUGCCCUUCUCGCGACGAAGGCCUCGGUGACUCUCCUACCAACCCGUUAGUUUGCGCAAACAAUUCCCUUCGAAUUACCUUCUUUUUGUUUAUUAUCUGUCCUUCUUUAGGCUGGUUUCUGUCAACGGCGGUACUUUCGGUCUUCUUCAGUCGAUUUGGUCGGAUGUCGCCGACCCUAACGUCUCUCCUACUAACCGAGAAAACGAAAAAGCUGCUCCCGUCGCCGUUCUUUCGGCCUAA